AUGGCCACAAGGCCAGUUUCCGUGCUCUCCUUGCGAGCUGGAGCGACGAUUGCUGACCGCUAUCUGGUCCUCGGCAAAUUCAACGGGAAAUUUGCUCUAAUGGUUUCACUGUGUUAUGAGACUCACCUACUCGUCAUGGGUGCGGAAACUUCACAUCUAGACUACACUCCUGAUCCAGGACCAAAUGAUAACAACAACAACGACAACGGAAACGAGCGUCCGAGAGAGAACGUGAACAAUGCAGAUGCUGGGGGGUCCAAUGCGAAGCAAAGCCGUCCUGGAGACAGAGCUCCUCCAACUUCUUUACCUUCAUGGCAUCCUAAGUAUUACAACGUCGAAGAUAUUGUUAACUCAGAUAUGGAUACUAUGGUAGAUGUGACGGACAAAGAACUGGAACCGGCAACUGCGAUAUCAUCGAAUAUUGGACGGAAAAUUGCCGUAGUUCGACAUGCCGAGUCUAUGAAUGAAGCUUUCCCGAGAUGGUACUCAUAUUGCGUAUCUAAUGAUCACUACACGGCUAAAGAUCUCAAUCAUCCUGCAACUCUCCCAAACAGAUCCAAAGGUUUGGCGUCAUACAACGUAGAUCCGCCUAUAACGCAGAUUGCCAAGCACGCUUCAAAGAUCCUAGGAGAAGCACUAGCUAAGGAGACGUCAAUUAAGUGGGACAACGUGGUUUCUGCUCCAGAACUCGCUUCCGCACAAACGGCUGCUGCUAUAGCUUUUUCGACCACAGGUGACAAAGCUUUCAUCAAUAUCGAUGAAACAUUAUACGACUUCAGCCACGGUAAGAUUGACUUCAUGACACCUAUGGAGCUUAUGAAGUACGAUAUCACAGUAAAAUCUAAACCAAUGAAAGCGAGAGAGGAGGGCGAAAGCAGCGUGUUACGAGUCCUUAGUGAAUUUGAAAAAGUACAACGCCAGUACACAGGGAAUUUGAUCGUUGUUGUUGGUCCAACCGCAUUCGAUGCCGUGGUCCACCGCCUUAUUGGAAGGGAGAGAGGAAAAAUGAGGAAACGACCAAUUAUACCGCAACUCGCUUGUGUGAUAUUAGAAAAGGGACCCGAAUCUUGGAAGCUGAGUAGCAAGCAAGUGUUGCCCUUCAGGAUCAACUCAAGCGCAUCCAUCCUCUUCGAUCCAAUAUCCUACUAUUCAAAAUAG